AUGAAACGUGUCAAAUCUUUUCUGGAGCAAAAUCUUUUGGCUAGCGUCCAAGCGUUCCUUCGUAUUCGAGGUGCACUGUUAGUUGACGCGAGUGCUGUGUUGAAAAUUUUGUUUUUUACAAUGCACUUAAUAACUCUUUUAUUACUCACACUGGCGUCAGCCACAUUGGGACAUGCAGGAAAAUGUGACCAAACACCACCUCUUGCCACUGUAUUGACACCUAGCGAAAAUAAAGGCAGUUUUACAAUGGUCAUAGACUCAAAAACGGAAAAAAUCUACAGACCCGAUCAGACCUAUGUUUUAAUCCUUCAAUCAAAAAUCGACGUGAACCAGACACGCCCAUUCCGAUGGUUCAUGAUCACAGUGGAGGAUCCCGAAGUAGAUAAUAGUACAGAUGAGUUUGAUCACCGAUCUGUUGAUGUCGGAUAUCUGAAGACCAUCGAAACCAACCGUCACGCCAGAUACAGUGAGCGUUGCUAUAACUCCGUCGAAAACACAGAUAAUUCAGAAAAAUAUCGUGUAGAGAUUCACUGGGUUUCCCCAAAACAAAGUAGCAAAGCACACACUAUACGACUACGUGCUAUGGUAGCUGAAAAUUCUGAAGUUUGGUAUACAGGGGAGAACUUAACUAUAGUACUUGAAAAAGAUUCUAAUAAGCCCCUGGACAGUCCACCCUAUCCACCAAAUAUAACUUGUAAUUUAUGUAGUGAAGCAAGAUAUGAGGUAAUAUUCAAAGGUCAUUGGUCAAGAAUGACUCACCCUAGAAAGUAUCCAACUAAACCUGAUAAUAAUGGAUAUAGCCACUUAGUUGGCGCCUCACACACCUAUAAAUAUAUUCUAUGGCAGCCAGAUGCGAAAGCUAGUAACGGCUUAAAGUUGUUAGCAGAGGAAGCUAAUAUCUCGUUAAUUGAAAGAGAUAUAAUAAAUGAAAUGUCCGAUAGAGGCACACGAACGCUUAUAAGGGGAAAGCGACGAGAACAUCCCUAUAUGUCUGAACCGUCUCAUUCCCUGUUCAGGGUUGAUAGAAAACAUCAUUUGUUCUCCUUAGUAAUUGCUAUGAAGCCAUCACCAGACUGGUUUCUAGGGGUAACAAGAUUCGAACUAUGCACGAAGGAAGGGUGGUUGGAAGAGAGUGAAAUACCUUUAUACCCUUGGGAUGCUGGCACUAUGGAUGGCAUAUCUUAUGAGUCGCAGACAUCAGUAACUCAGCCCGUCGAUUCCGUCGAUAGAGUGGAAGUUGGUUCAUUCAACGAGGAAUCCCCAUUUUAUCAGAUGAACUUAAACGAUCUGGAGGCCUUCGCGUACCUCAAAGUGAAGAGGCUAGAUGUUUAUCCGCUAGAUGAGGCGAUUUGCAAAGAAGAUUCUGAAGACGACGAAGACGAAGGAGAGGAAUAUGCCUACUCCACGAAUGAGGAUGCCCAG